UCUGGUGCUCGCGCCUCCCCGCGAUGCGCUCGCGACAAACACCAAUCCACGGGAAGGCUCCGGGUCUGUGACAGCAGCCAGGCAAAGAGAGAAGAGACAGGAGCGCAAACAAGCGGACAAACCUCUGCUCAACCCUGCAACAAUUCCUGUUCGUCAGCAUCAGGGGAAGUUGUCCUCUCGGUCUCCGGCUGCUGCUUACAGCUCUCUCUAUCUCUCCAUCUCUCUCUCAAGUAGACGCGCGGACGCACACACACACACCCAUCACAUCACACGGUUAUGUGAUGGGUGUUAGAGUGGAUCCCGGGAGAGCUUUCCUUCGCCAGGGAAUCGGGGUGAUGAUGAAGAGCAGCUUUCUGCCGCUGACCGGGAAGUUCGGUUUCUACUUCCAGACGACGCUCAGCUAGGAAUAAAUGAGCCACCGCGUUCACUGAGGGAUUAAACUAUUAAUUUGACUUAUUUGGUGUAGAGUUAUUCCAGUUCCUCUAGUUCCAUGGCUGAAAUGUGGUUUUAAUUCUGCUCCAUCUCACCUUCGGAUUGUACAUGUUGCCUGGCUGAUGCAGCGGCUGCCUCUGGAUUGUGGCUCUUCUCUGCCCAUAUUUGGAGUUAUUUGAGCUGCAGUUAACAUCACAUCCAGGUCAAAUGACCGUCUAAUGUCCGUGCGGAGUGUGAGCCUUGAUGUGACAUGGAAAAAACGGGACUCUACAGCCUCCUUUAUUACUUCAUUCUCAAUUCGCCCUUUAUGGUUUGUGCAGAUGCUGCAUUUACUGAAGUCCCUAAAGAUGUGAGUGUGGGAGAGGGAGAGGAUGUGGAGAUGCCCUGCGCCUUCAAGGCUGUCAGCUCAGUGCCCAUGGCUUUGGAGAUCCAGUGGUGGUACCUGAAAGAGGAUGUGCCUAAAGAACUGCCUCACGAGUUGCAGAUCAGCGCCCCGGCCAACAGAGCCAAGGUCAUUCCAAGGGAAGCCACAAAAAUAAGUACUGUGCGUGUUCAAGGCAACGCCAUAUCCCACCGUCUCAGCCUGUCCAAGGUAAAGAAGGAAGAUGAGGGGGUGUAUGAGUGCCGUGUGUCUGACCUGUGGGCCGACGAGACUCAGGAAUUUACGGUUCAUGCCACGCUGCACGUCACGGCAGUUGACGGCAUGGUGGCUGAGGAGGCUGUGUCGCACAUCCAGAACCGCUGGCCGCUGAGGAAUGCCAACACAGUGCUGGGAGCAGGGCCAGCAGGGAGGGCCACAUCAGAGCCCAGCCAGGGCCUGGCUGGAGAUCAGAGGUCAGGGCAGGGGAAGCACCAGGUGCCUCAGCAGGCCCAGCCUGGCCUCCUCCCUUCAAUCUCGUCCACCACCACCACCUCAGUGGCCAAGUCGUCAGCCUCACCCCUGCCAGGGAACGCAGCCAUCCUCCGGCAGCAGCAUGGAGCUGACUGCAGCGUGAUGAGCACCAUGGACCCCCUCCUUUGCAUCACUCUCCUGUUUCUGCAUAAGCUCCUCCCCUUCCUGUUGGCUCACUGAAGAGACUUCAACCAAAAUUAUGUCAACCUUCAACCUUCUCACUUUCUACACCAAACAGGAACCAAGCCGCAGUCACGCCCACCAGGGAGAAAGGGUCACAUUAAAUCGAUGUAUGCAACACAUCACUGCCGGGGGUGAAAGCAAUGCAACAGUGGAUGGUGGAGUCGGGCAGAAAAGACUAGAUAAACUGGAGAAGAAGGACACUCACAAAUGGACGCUACAGACUGUAGACAGAGCAGAGUGUGGAGGAGAGAUUGAUGGGAGCACCAUUACUGAUUCACAAAGCCUGUACAGCGUGGUCACCUGAAGCUACGCCUUUGCUCUGCACCCACUUCAUGCACGGCCCUGCUCAAACACUCCACACUCCCAUUUCUUUAGAACAUCUCCACUGUGAAUCCUGUUCCUCUGACAGCACACCUCACUGCAGUGCGAGUCCUGGUGUUGAUUUGAACACAGGCACCGUCAUUAGUUGUAUGGAAAACGUGACCUCUGUGCUUUUGUGUUUGCGAGGGGGCGAUUUGAUCAGCAUGACCCAGUCAGUCAUUGACAUACUGUAUUUUUUCUGUGGCCAUAUCAGGGCUGUACAGAUCUACUGUUCAUCCAGUGUGUUAGUCUGAUGUAUUUUGUGUCCAGCCUCCUCCUACACACACACAAACACACAAUCACAUACUUUGGUUCUCAUAGCUGUGUUCCAUAGUCUAAAUAUCAAAUGAUGAGCUGAUAUAUUUUGAUUAAGAUAAGGCACACUUUCCCAUAGUUGUUGUUAAUCACCUCCAAUAAUGUUUAUUUUUAUUAAAGCUAUGGUGGUCAAAGUGAGACAUUUGAUUUCUAUGAGACAAAAAAGGAUUUACUGGUAACUUGCCAACAGCAGUUGAGAUGAAGCUUUAUUGUUUUUUUUGUAAUAAAAGGUAGAUUUCAAAGGCGUCAUAUGUUAAUGG